GGUUUCACCACACAAGAAGGCAGUAAGUAACUGAAGCUAAUUCACAGCAUUAGACAACAAAACAGUGUGUAUAAUUUGAUAUCCUUAUGUCGUAGAGUGUCAAGAUUUUCAAUUUCUUGCUUCUCAUUAAAAAUAUAGCCAGAUAAUUUUGCUGUCACGGAUGCAUUCAAUAUUAUACCAACUAGGCACAAUUAUCAUUUAUCAAAUACACAUAUGAAACAAUAAAUUUACAGGUACAAUAGAAUAGUAUAUUGUGGUCAAAUGGAAACCACCAAAAGACAACUACUUUAUGCUUAAUACUGAUGGUGCAGCAAACACUAAUCUUAGGCAUGGAGGCAUAAGAGGAGUUAUUCGAAAUGCAAAUAGGGAAGGGAUUGUAGGCUAUGCUAAAAGCAUAAUAGAGACAACACACACUCGUGCAGAAUUACUAGUACUCUGUUAUGAACGAGAUUGGCCAGAAGACUAAGUUGAAGGGCCAGUUUGGAAUAUUAGAAAACUUUGUGUGGGACCCGGGCAAGAAGACUAAGGUGAAGGGCUUAAUAAAAAGAGAAUCGAUGCUGUAAAAAGGGUAUGCGUAUUGUUGAGUAAAAUGUCUGCUUCUCCUCAUCUCCCUUCUCUAGUGUCUGUAUACUCUCACCCUCAUUCCAAGUCUGAGCUUCUCAUCCCUUCUUCUCUAUCCUUUAUAUUGGAUGGUGCGUUACAUUUGGGUGAGGACCCGUGACCUCAUUCCGGAAGAGUAGAUGCCAUUCCCCGAGGAAUGGAAUUUCGAUCGUAAGUUGUUCUCAUAAGACUUCGGCUUUUUUUUUAAAAUGUUUUCUUCCCGAUAUACAGCUUCCCCUUGGAUACCACAAGAAGUGCCCGACCUCGAAGAUUGGGUUCGGAAGUUAGCCCCGACUUUCUCUUAUGCCGAACGUGCUUGGCGUGAUUUGGCUAAAGGCAGAUGGGAAGCCAAGAACCAUGGCGUAACCAAGGACGCCGCUUUGAGGCCUUCGAGCGGUGAAGAAGGAAAUGAGUCCCCUGUCCCGAAAUCGGGGAAAGACAAAAAAUGCAAAGCUGCCUCUCGAUUAGAGGGCCCCAAGCCCAAAACUCGAAGGGUAAGGAGGAAAGCUAUUGCCCUUUUGAUCGACUCGGUCCAACGACUGAGAGAAGAGGAAGAAGGAGAGGAAGAAGAAGAGGAAGAAGGAGGUUCCUCGGCUUUGGUGUCCCGAUCU